GGAGCAUCCUGUCCACAAGAGGGCAGCAGAGCACUUUUUUGACGCACAUGAAGUAGUGCAAGGCGGAAGUGGACUGUCACCCUGCAGCUGCUCACAGACGACUGAUAAACAAUCUAAAGUGAGAAAAUGUCUGCAGGUUGUGUCAGGUGGCUUCUAAGCCACACAGUGAGAGCUGUGUGCAGUAGCAGGCCUGCCUACUGGACACCAACUCUGAGAUCAACUGGACUCUGUGAAACACGCAGUGUCAUUGCUUCCUCCUGGAGACGAUCUGCGUUCUCCACAGAGGUUCCUGAAGAACAACAGGUACCUCCAGCAAAGAAAAAGAAGCAGGAUCCCCGAGCCCAUGCCUCCAUCAGCAGCGUCGGCCGGAAGAUCCCUCACAGAGAGAUACAGGUGAUCAGUGAGGCGGGUGAGAACCUGGGGUUGAUGCAUCGGGCUGAUGUGAUCAGAAUCAUGGAUGAGAAAGAUCUGAAGCUGGUGCUGCUGAGUGAAAACAAAGAGCCUCCGGUGUACCGGCUGAUGAGCGGGAAACAGAUCCAUGAGGAGCAGCUGAGACUUCGAGAGAAAAACAAGUCAAAAGCAGGUCCUGUGCAGGUGAAGGAGCUCAGCAUCUCAGCUGGCAUCGCAUCCCAUGACUUGUCCACUAAACUGAAACAAGCGGAGAUCUGGCUGGAUAAGAAACACCACGUUAGGCUCACUCUUCGGGCCGGACGGCCACAACAGGCUUCCAACCUGGACACAGCUCUGGAGCAAAUGGUGGAGCAAAUGAACAUGAUGGUGGCCUUCGUCUCUAAGCCUAAAGUCAUAAGAGAGGGUCAGGCAGCCAUGUGCAUCCUCCGACCACCGUCUGCAAAGGAGCUGUCGCAGAAGGCAAAGAACAAAGCUGAAGAGUCGCAGUCUGCAGCCACUCAGAGUAAAACGCCUCCUGUUAGCAACACGGACACAACAGAGGAGUUCGUACAGAAGUGAUGUGAGAGACAUUUUCACACUAACAGGUCGGUGUCUGAAUGUUCCAUCCCGGUGCUUCAGUCGGACUCAGAGAGCUAUCUUUAUCAACGGUUACAGUUGAGUCAAGCUGACUGCAGUGAGGCUUAAGGUUCGGAUGAAAUGAACAGAAAUCACUGGAGAGACACAUACAACAUAACUAGAAGAUGCAAGAUGACGACUACAGCCACAACAAACAGAACAAACCUGAAAACAUCCACGCAAACAGUAAAUCACAUUAAACUGCUACAGACCCAUGCAAGUGACAAAACCUGCAGACCAAAGGACAGUAACUAUGGAGAUGAUCUCACAAUGUGAUAAGUCCACCACAUAAACAUCCAAAAUUGUUACAAAUAGUAGUAAAGAUCUGCAAAAUAACUGGAAAAAGACUCAAAAUGAGCUACAAUAGGUUAAACUGCAAUGCUGCAAAAUAAUUUUAUCACAUACCAUAAGAUACACAGCAUUUAAAGUACCUUCUGUAAACUGCUGCUGCAGCAACUUUGACACUCCUGCAGAAAAAAUGUAAAAGGGUCGACAGAUCCUUCGCAUGCAUGUUGCUUCUUCAAGAGAUGUUAGGUUGAUACUAGAUGGAGCUGAGAGUCACUUGUAUGAUUAGAAGCAGCCUUGGAUGUGAACUUAUGGUUAGUUGGGUCAGGGAGAAUUUCAUCCUAAAUGUGAAUGGCUUGCAUUAUAUGCUGGGAAUAAGUUUGCCAAACUGUAGAAGUAAAGGAAAUGACUUCGAGGUUGAAGAUUUCAAGAACAUGCAACAGCAUCAUCAGUGUGAAUCUUUCUCUUUAUUUUAAGAUCGGUUUUGGUAAAAAAUAAAAGCAAAUUUGGCGUACAGAUACA